AUGGCAAGAGUCGAGCGUCUUUUUGGUACAGGCACACAGAAGCCGACCAUUUCAGCAGACUUCAAAAUCAACACCAAUUGGUCGGCUGACGAGUUCAAGACAGAACUGACAAAGUUGUGCAACAGCGAGGACAUGAGAAUCGUUUGCAUCGAUUUGGAGGCGAAAUCGAAUCAAGCGACUGCCGACGUGAAAUACUACAGUCAGAGCGUGGAAGAACUCACUGGUGCCCUAGAGAGGAGCAAGGGCCUGGGAGAACCGGUGACAGUAGCACUAGAGAACGCUUUACGUGAGAGGAAAGACAGACUGGAUGUAGCAAAGUCACUGAAAGAAAAACUCGUGCAAUUUGGCGGGCUCGUCGCUAUGAGAGGCGGUGAGUUGAGAGGCAUACGUGAAAGGCGAGUGGAACAAGCGAACGAGAUUAAAACAUACGGGAUAUCAGAAUCCUGCGAGAUUUCAAUCUCGGCACCGCCCGGGAAGUCACCAAAAGAUUAUCUUGCAGAGAAGAUUAAAAACGGACUGGCGGUCGUUCCUCGUUCGGAGUUGGAGUUGAUGUGCAGGAAGCAUGACAUACCGACGGCUGGUGAUACAGACGACAGAUUGAGAGAUAAGCUAAUGUUAUACCAAGCCACCGAUCGCUAUGAGAUUGAUGCAAGAUUGACUGUUAGAGAGUUUGAAGUAUUUAUGAGUUCAAUUGAUAAUUUUGAACUCGCAACAGUUUUAAGAAGGUCGGUGGAGUCUCCCAGGGGCAGAGCCGAGGUAGACAAAGAGAAGACGAACUUACAACUCCUUGAACUACGCGAGGCACUGAAGACAACAGUAUCAAUUGAGGUGAGGCGUUUGCUGCUCAAUGGAAUCAAAGAGCGAGAGGCAACCUUGAAACGUCUAGAUGAGUUAAUUGACAAACUUGGCAAGUUUCUUGUAGUUUUGGAUAACAAAGGAGUCAGAUGAGUAACAUUGGGUGGGCUCUUGAUCUUUUGUAUGAUUUUUCUUAUACAGACUGUUGGUAUCAUUCAUCAGUUAAUGACAUAUGUAACAGGACCUUCAUUGGUUGUUUAUUAUGAAAGCAAGCGUUUUAUAUCAAAAUAGAAUACUAAUAAUAGAAUACUAAUAAUAGAAUACUAAUAAUAGAAUACUAAUAAUAGAAUAAUAAAUUAAAACGACU